AUGCUGUUGGUGAAGUGGAGAAUGGUGGUGGACUCCCUGUGUGGACGAAAGAGGAGGGUGCCCUGUUCCUUCUGGUUUCUCCUGUUGUUCGCUGCUGGAGGUCUGGUUCUCUUCAUCCACCAACAGGAUCUGUCAGAGAUGGCCCAACAACAAGGCCCAGGCGUGAAGCUGGGAAGCACUCCACGGCAGUCCAGAGAGACUCUUUCCACCCAAGACAGGAAGAGAGACAAAUCUGACAAUUAUCACGACCUGCAAACAUCAGAAGGCAUCUUGUCCAGCCCAAUCCCUCCAAUGCAGUUCCCACACUUUGAGAAGAGUGGACAGAUGGCUACCCCUGAGUCCCCGGAGCAGGACAUUGGCUUGAUUCGUGUCUCCAAAAGACAGCGCAAACUGCUGAAAACCACUCCUCCAAUCCAUCAUACCACCAAUAAUGUUUCCUCCUCCUCUUCCUCUUCUUCCACCUCUUCCUCAACUUCAAUUUUGUGGAGAAAGCUCUCCAAUAUCCUGGAAGCACGUCGACAACUGAUGAAGGAGAUGUGUGCUAAGUACAAAAGCAGCAUCUCCAGGACUGUCACACGUCAUCAUGUGAAAGACAUCUUUGUUGAGGACAAGUACAAGUUGUUGUACUGCCAGAUACCCAAGGCGGGCUGUUCCAACUGGAAGAGGACCCUAAUAGUGCUAGCAGGCAAGGCCUCUGAUAUUCAGACCCUUAAACAUGACACGGUCCACAAUGGAAAUCAUCUCAGGACGCUCAACAGCUUUGACCAAAAGGGAAUCAUGUACCGACUGAAAUCCUACACCAAAGUCAUGUUUGUCCGAGAGCCCUUGGAGAGACUAGUGUCUGCUUACAGGGACAAGUUUGAGAAUCCCAACGACUACUACCACUCCUUGUUUGGGAAACCCAUCAUCAACAAAUACAGGGUGAACGCGUCCAAGGCAGCCCUGGAGACAGGCAAUGGGGUCACAUUCCAUGAGUUUGUCCAGUAUCUGCUGGACGUCCAUCGACCUGUUGGAAUGGACAUCCAUUGGGAGCAGGCGAAUCAGAUCUGCAAUCCUUGUCACAUAGACUAUGACUUUAUCGGCAAGUUUGAGAACAUGGAGGAAGAGUCCAACUUUCUCCUGCGACUGACUGGGGCCCCGCCCAACCUCAAGCUGCCCAAUUUUAAAGAUAGGAACCCAGCCGACAAGAAGACCUCUACAGCAAUCACACAAACAUACUUUUCACAGGUCAGCUUAUUGGAGAGACAGCGAGUCUAUGACUUCUACUACAUGGACUAUCUGAUGUUUAACUACUCCAAGCCUUUUAAAGAUUUAUAUUGA